GGAGUAAUCUCUCUCAAAGUAGUCCCGUGAUGCGGUCGAGUGCGGAUCGACAUUAUUUACACGAGGUUGUGAAGCGCCAGUUUCAGCAGACGCCAUACGCUAAAUGAGAAAUGCGACGACUAUACCAUUCCUUGUUCAUUUGUCGCGUGCAAUGUACCACAGCCUCGGCUGAAUACGUGCAGUAGAUGUGGACUUGCCUUGGAGUCUAACCCUUUAAAAUAUAUAUAUUUGUGCCAAGACUAUCGUCGUUUUACUGUAACCGCCAUAGGAGGGAGCGAUCUCAGCCAUUUUGGAGGAUGUACGAUAGUCCAGUAUAUAUAAUGUAGCGGGAAUAAACGGUUUAAAAUGCCGGUGCGUCGAGGACAUGUGGCUCCGCCUAACAUUUUCAUAGACACUAUCAUCAGGAAGUUUGACGGCCAAAAUCGGAAGUUUGUGAUAGCCAACGCUCAAGUAGAAACCGUGCCCAUUAUCUUCUGUAACGAUGGAUUCUGUGAGCUUUCCGGAUACUCUCGUGCUGAGGUCAUGCAAAAAUCGUCCUUAUGUGACUUUCUUCAUGGACCUCUCACAGGGCACUAUGCGAUAGUUCAAAUACGGGAGGCAUUACAAGGAUCUGAGGAGAAGCAAGUGGAAAUACUCUACUACAAGAAAGAUGGCUCGAAGUUCUUAUGCAGUGCACUGGUGGCCCCAGUCAAGAAUGAGCAUGCGGACAUCAUCCUCUUCAUCAUCAACUAUGAGGAUAUCACUGAGGCAGCAGCCAAAACAGAACUCAAAAACUUCAAAAAUAAUGAAACAACAAGGCCAAGGGAGCUGAAACUUUUUGAUGUUGUAUCCCCAGGGCGUAAGUCGGAUCGACACCGGAGCCUACGAUUGCGGCUGCCGUCGAUACGGAGAGAUAUUCGCUCAAAAGCAAAAGCACUCGAUCGCAUUCCGGAUCCGGAAAACCCCCCAAUUCCAGAGGAGGCUGUUCCGCUUAACCAACUUGGCUGCUCUGACACAGACGUCCACCAAGCCAUGACUCCCGAUCGGCUGUCAGUACUGGCCGAGCAUGAAACGGACGAAUGGCGGGAAGACAAGACAAGUCUCUCAAGCCACCUCAGGGAGGAGGGAGACGAAGGGGAUGAGAAUUUACGAGACAAAAAAAGUUUAGAUUCUGCGUGUCUCUUAUUACCAAAUGGCCGACCGCGGGCGCAUACAUUUGAUUCAUGGCCCACAGUGAACCAUGUGAAGGCCAACUUCAUGAACCAAGCUUCAAGUGAUUCCGAGCUGGCCAAACAUCGAAUGAAACCAUUUGUGGAUAGCCAUAGCAAUUUGACAGAUGGAAUAAAAAGUGAGAGUAAGGAUGGGAUGUUGUCAUCAGCAGCCAAGGGCAUCUUGUUGCCGGGCGUGGCCAACAUGAAGCAGAAUGUCUCCGAGAAAGUCGCUCAGGUGUUGUCUCUUGGAGCGGAGGUGUUGCCCGAAUACAAGCUACAGUCCCCACGCAUCCACAGCUGCACUAUCCUCCACUACUCUGCGUUCAAGGCGGUGUGGGACUGGAUCAUCCUGCUGCUGGUGAUCUACACUGCCGUCUUCACCCCCUACGUCGCAGCCUUCCUGCUGGGUGAGGAGAAGAAGAACCGUGUGCGUGAAACAAUGCAGGAACGUUACUCCAGCCCUCUGAACAUUAUUGACCUCAUAGUUGAUAUAAUGUUUAUCGUCGACAUUCUUAUAAACUUCCGUACCACUUAUGUGAACAAGAACGAUGAAGUGGUGAGCCACCCAGGGAAGAUAGCAGUGCAUUACUUCAAGGGAUGGUUCCUUAUUGAUGUUGUUGCUGCCAUUCCUUUUGAUCUCCUUCUUUUUGGGUCCGAAACCGAUGAGACCACCACCCUCAUCGGCUUGCUAAAGACAGCACGGUUGUUACGACUUGUACGCGUCGCCCGGAAGCUAGAUAGAUACUCCGAAUAUGGUGCUGCUGUCUUGUUGUUGCUAAUGGCAACGUUUGCUCUCAUUGCUCAUUGGCUGGCUUGUAUAUGGUAUGCAAUUGGGAAUGUUGAGCGGCCAUAUUUACCCGAACCUAAAAUCGGGUGGCUGGACGAACUAGCCCGACAAACCCAUCAGUUUUACCCGGCGAAUGCUACUGGUGGCGGCCCCACCAUCAAGUCCAAGUACAUCACAGCACUGUAUUUUACAUUUAGCUCUCUCACAAGUGUGGGGUUUGGAAACGUUUCACCCAAUACCAACUCUGAGAAGAUAUUUUCUAUACUCAUCAUGUUAAUAGGAUCUCUGAUGUACGCCAGUAUCUUCGGUAAUGUUUCCGCCAUCAUUCAGCGGUUAUACUCAGGCACAGCCAGAUAUCACACGCAGAUGUUACGAAUCAAAGAAUUUAUCCGAUUCCAUCAAGUUCCAAAUCCACUUCGGCAGAGAUUAGAAGAAUAUUUCCAGCAUGCUUGGUCGUAUACUAAUGGUAUUGAUAUGAACAUGGUAUUGAAAAGUUUCCCUGACUGUGUCCAGGCAGAUAUCUGUCUGCACCUCAAUAGGAACCUACUCAACAACUGCCCAGCUUUCAAAGGAGCCAGCCCUGGUUGUUUAAGAGCCCUGUCAAUGCAAUUUAAAACCACACAUGUUCCUCCGGGCGACACUCUUGUACAUCGGGGCGAUGUGUUGACAGCAUCAUACUUCAUAUCUCGGGGGUCUAUAGAGAUUCUCAGAGAUGAUAUCGUGGUAGCAAUAUUAGGGAAGGAUGACGUCUUUGGUGAGAAUUUGUGUAAACAUGAUACAGUGGGGAAGUCGAGUUGUAAUGUCCGUGCCUUGACAUAUUGUGAUCUUCAUAAGAUUCAUCGAGACGACCUACUGGAUAUACUCGAUAUGUACCCCGAGUUUUCAGACCACUUUGUUGACAAUCUUGAGAUAACCUUCGACCUUAGAGACGAGGAGCUUGUCGUACGGAGCGAUGGAAGGAACAAGACUCGUCACGUAAAACGAUGGUGCAGGGCAGCAUCUCCAUACAGGGCAUCAAUAGACUCACAAGGUUUUGACGACGAUGUUCCUGUAGUUGCAAUGUCAGACGAACCAGGGCACAAUUACAUUCACCGAGGAGGAAGAACGUUCAGCCAUCGUGACGACAUGCCACCAGGUGGCUAUGACUCCAGUGAUGAAGAGAUACGCGAGAGUGGUGCCGGAAUCCUGGAAUUCUCUCCUGCAAAAGCAGGCCAAGAUGUCACCCCAGCCAACUUUGACUUUGAGCCAAAGGAUGAGAAGAAACGAUCUGGAACAGGGCUAUCUUCUAUUGCAGGUACCGUCAAACAAGGUGCUCUGUGCAGUGUAAAUACGCUUGUUAAUGCAAUGACCGGGAGAUAUGACGGGAGCAAGAAGUCAUCGGAGACGGCACCGUUACUACAGGAGCAGAGCGCCAGUCCGGAGCCACCGCACAAAGUUGCUUCAAGCUCUAGCGUGCCAAAAUCCACGUCGAGUAUGACACUUCCAGUAUCCAGUCCUUCCAGUCUGUCACAGUUCGAGGAUGCCGGGCAGCCAAUACUUCAUCCACAGAUAGUCCUUCCCGACGGCUCCCUGCAUGCACAACACUCCAGUCCUGCUGAGGUCGAGAAACGCCUCGACGAACUUGCAAAGCAACUGUCUCGCCUGGAGCACAAGAUGAGCUCCGACAUCGCAUUGAUUCUGGACAUCCUCCGCCAGCAGGGCAGUAGAACUGUCUCACCGAGCGGCACGGCAGAGAUGCCCGAGAACAACCUACCCCCGCCCCCGGACAUCUACCCUGCUCCUGACUACGACAGCGGUUUUGAGUUUCCCCCACCCCCAGUUGUGUUCCAGCCACACUCACACCAGGAAGAGGGCGGAGUUGGUCCCCCUUCUUCAGGUGACUGGCAACGCACAGAACCCCCUUAUACCCAUCAUUCCACUUUCAAACCUCCAAGCCAAUCAGAUUCAAUACCUGCAUCUGCCAGCCAAGCAGAUCCAACAACAGAUCCCAACCAAUCAGGUCUUUCAUCCGCCAUAGCCAACCAGUCCGAGGCUGAGAUACCCGAAGUCAAGCUGCCCCCGUCACCACGGCAACAGAGACAGUUGGGUGAGACGGAGGGCCUGGACGUGAGAAACACGAACGUUUGAUAGUAACCUCUCGAGGGCAGCACACUCUGUUGGUGAUAUGGAGGCAGAUAUGUGUUCUGGCAGACAAUAGUGGGGAGGUGUCACUAGGGAAUAACAUGAGUGGUAUGUCUAGCAGAGACCAAUGGAACAGUUUAUACAAAUGUUGUGUGGAAAUGGCAAAUGAGAGGACCAGUUUGGAUGUUCAAAUAGAGAUUGCAGUUUUAGCAAGAACCUUGUUGAUUAUGAAGAACAGCAUUCUGGGAAAGGAUUGAAAAGGAAUGUCAAUUGUUUCUACAUAAUUUGCCAAGUUAAUUUUGUGUUAAAGGAAGGUUUCGGAACUGCUUCAAUCUUCUCGGGAGCAAGACUGGACAGAGAGCAAGAAAACUGAAACUGAGAACACUUGGUUGAAAUUACUGCCAAGGCUGUUGUGUGUUUCUAUGUGAUUUGUGUGAUAUCUACAUGCAAAUACUGACUGCACUGUACAUGAUACAAGUAUGUGUUGAAAGAAUUCUCUGUUGCUGUGUUCUUCACGCCAAGAUACGAUGUAUAUUCAAUAGUGGUGAAUAACUCUUCAUAAUGCAUAGACAAGUGAAUAACUCUUCUUAAUGCAUUGCCAAGUGAAUAACUCUUCUUAAUGCAUAGACAGGCAAAUAAAACUUCAAAGUGCAAAUAGACAUGUGAAUAACUCUAUAAUACAUAGAUAAGUGAAUAACUCUUCAUAACACUUAGACAAGUGAAUAGCUCUUCUUAAUGCUCAGACAAGUGAAUAUCUCUUCUUAAUGCAUAGACAAGUGAAUAACUCUUCUUAAUGCAUAGACAAGUGAAUAUCUCUUCUUAAUGCUCAGACAAAUGAAAAACUCUUCUUAAUGCUCAGAUAAGUGAAUAACUCUUCUUAACGCAUAGACAAGUAAAUAACUCUUUAUGAUGCAUAGCCAUGACACUCUACAUCUGUGUAUAUUUCAUAGAUCAUGAAUGUUGCUAUGAUAUGUGUCAGAGAUUCUGCUGUCAACAUUUAUAUAACAAGAUACUGCAUCUGUUGAAUGAGACUUCUUACACAGUCAGUACUUCCAUUGUUAUGCAGAUCCCAUUGGAAUUAUAUAUGGUCAUUUAAUAGGUUUACCAUUAUUGAAAAAACGUUUGCAUUUUUUUACGUCUGUUUUCAUCAUUCUACAAAUGUUGGAUCUUUUUUUAAUAUGUUGUCUUUCUAAAAAGUCAAAUUUGAUUCUUAGUUUUGUGAAAUUGUUUUUGUUGACAGUAAUACCUCCAGUGCCAAAGAGUGAAGCUUUAUGUUUUGUUAGUUUUCCAGUAAUAUGAGUAAGAUGUCUGAAUUUCCUCAAAAUAACCCUAAAAACAAUGACAUCCACCUAUGACUGGGUGCGCCACAGUAUUACACUUGACAUUACGAUACACAGUUCCCUUCCUUCUAUAUAAAUACAUUUUAUCCACAAAGUUAUUUAAUUAUCUGUAUCAGAUUUUCAAAAAAAAUAUAGUGUUGUAUAUUCUGUUUUUUGGCAUGUCCAUAUGACUAAAUUUGACAUAAAAAAACAGCUUCUAUGUUAAUUAUUUUGUUAUUUCAAGAAACAAAUUUGUGUAUUGUGAAAAAAGGUUCUGUGGUGAUUCAGUAAUUGAGAAAUCAUAAAGGGGUAAGUUGAGUCUACUCCUGAAAGAAACAAAUUUUAGUGAUUUCUCUGACUUAAACCUUGUUAUGACUGAUACCCUGGUAUAUAAUUUCUCUAUAAUUUUACAUAAUGAGGUAUAUUUGCAUAAGUUUUACUUGCAGAAAAUGCAUGCUGAGAAUGCAUGCUGCAACAACAAUGGCGGGACAUUAUUGUUAGUUAUUCAAUCCUUCAUAUAUACUUCCCAUGGGAUUUUGAAGUGGUAAUUAUGCCUGUAUAACACCCGACUGUGACUGUGACAUAUAAUAACAGUCAUGAACAUUGCAGUGAUAACAGGAACGCAUUGCCAUCGACCAAUAACGAAGUCAUCUUGUGUGUUCCAUAUUCCUAAUAUCAGCGAGACAAGACUUUGCAGAUGAAAACCCUCAAUUGGGGCCAGGAUGGUUUGAUAUCAGCCCCAAGCAAGGAUUUUCUAUCGCCAGAUUCUAGUCCCACUUAACAAUGAGUUGUGAACAGCCGUUUACUCUUCUUCAAUGUGUGAUAUUACCAUGUGUGACAUGUACUCGUAGUUGCCAUUUAUUGUACUGAAAUGUCCGCCAACUUCAGGUAGUUUCAUUCGUCAUGUACCGUACCCAAUGUGAGAUCUCAUGAAUGUAACAGGUGGAAGUCCAUUGUUUAGGUUGGAGGAUUCGAGGAGCAAGACAGUUCAUCCCUGACAUGCAGUGUAUAAUAGGAAUGGUUAGGGACCGGUCACUUAUUACAGGGAUGGUGGCAGAAGUUUUUGAAGCACUAUGUACAGAAAAUAACUACCCUUGCCUGAUGCUUGUCAUAGUUUUGUAUGACCUCCCCAUGUACUUGUAAGUUUAUUUACAACCCUCCCUGAAAAGACAAAAUGCAAAAGCACUUUAUGUUUUUUCAUAAAAUGUCAAUGUCUUCACGAACCUCCCAAAUAAGUGUAAUAAUCUUUUAUACCCUCCCCUCGAGACUGUCCUAUUUUGUGUUACCCCUACCCUAUAAUAAAUGACCAGUCCCUUAAAUGCAAAUAAGCGGUGAUAACUAGGACAUAGAAUAACUUAAUACCUAGCAAGAGUAUUUUCAAUUUACAGCUAUAUUGAUAAAUGGACCAUGGUCAUGAUAGCAAUCUUGUUCCUGCUACGCUAGGGACUUGUGUAGGCCUUCUGUUUAGAAAUGUUGACAUGAAGCCAUUUUGAUGUUGUUUAUAUAAGAAUACCUUGAAACAAUGAAUAUAGUUUGAGUGAAAUUCUAGUCCACAGGGCAUUUGGUUUGUUUUUCAUUUGUUGCUUUCAACACUUUUUCUACUAUAUUAGGAAUAUAUUGUUCAGACUCUAGUCAUGAGGGGCGGUCGGAUAGCCUAGUGGUUAAAGUGUUCGCGCGUCACGCCCAAGACCCGGGUUCGAUUCCCGACAUGGGUACAAUGUGUGAAGCCCAUUUCUGGUGUCUCCCGCAAUGAUAUUGCUGGAAUAUUGCUAAAAGCGGCGUAAAACCAUACUCACUCAUUCACUCUAGUCAUGAGAGGCAUCCUUGGAUAUUGUAAAUUGUUGCAAAAUCUUAAAUUCAUGUUUGGGGGUUCAUAUGGCAUAAGGAACUGAAUUGUUAGACCUUAUGUGUUUAAGGACAGAUCUAGCAAACUACUUUAAGACCAACACCUGAUUCUUGAUAUCAUUGGUAGAUUAUGAUGUAAUAAAGUUUGGGACUGGCUAUUUGAUAUUGUGGAUGGGAGUGGUGAUUCAGCUGGGAUAUUGACACACAAAUUUGAUGUACUGUGUUAUGAAAAAAAUAUGUUUGUCUAGCUUCAUCUUUAAGAGAAAACAAUCUUGUAGUAGUGAUAAAAAAUCCUUGAACCAUUCGGGAGCCUGGGUCCGAGACAAGUUCAUUGUUUUACUAUCAGGGCUCGAUUUAGCUAUAUUAUAACAUCCAUCGGUGCAAGCUAUUAUUGAAAAAUGCAACCUAAUAUUUAUUUCUACAUGCACUAAGUGGAUGUAACAAAAAUCAUAUUCUUGUCUUGUCUAACCAUUUCUUGGCCACACAACAUUGAUUGUUGAACACAUUCAGUACCUCUAAGGUUUAUUUACCAUAUUACAUAACUAAUCCUUUUUAAUUACUUAGGCCACACUUUGUUAAUUUUACAUUUCACAGAUUUAUUCCAGCUUUUCCACUCAAGGUCGGUAGAAAUAAAAAUAAAUAGCUAUGGCAUUUAUUAUUUAUUUAUUUAUUAAUUAUUUAUUUAUUUGUUUAUUUAUUUAUAUGGAAAUGAUUCUGCCUGAAAUCAACUGCAGCUGGCUUCUUAAAUCACUGAUAGUGAUGUAGACAUGGAAUUCUUAUAUAACAUAUUUUAUAAGGGUCUAUUAACUAGCUGGAGACAUAAUAAAAAUCAUUAUUUUUAUGUUUAAUUUACAUCUUUCCCGGCUGCUUUUUAGUUGGGGCAGCGGGCCAUUGAAACGAAAAAUAAGAAAUGUGUGGCCUUACACUAGUUCAUGCAUCUCUGUUUCAACUUUGAUAAAUUUAUAGGACCAGGGUGCUUCCUGGUUUUUGCUGGUGCAACUAUCUUUUCAUAUCAACAAGCACCUGGUGCAAGUUAAUCAAGUUCCUUAAAUCGAGCCUUGACUUUAUUUUAACAGGUGCUUGUGCUCUGGAGUGUGGCAUGUCAUACACCUGUGUUUAAGACCAAGAAACCAUAAAGUUAGGAAUAAUAGCUGGAAUAAGACGAUGAAUUAUCAAAAUAAUUUCAGUUACCGGUAUGCAUAUUUCUAUCGAUAUUUAGACAAUAGAACUUGAAUCUAAUACUCAAAUUCUAUGCUAAAACAUAAAGUUAACAAUUGUUGUUUUUAAGAUGUAACUUGUGUUCUAAAAUAUUUGUGUUCAUCGACAUUCUGAAAUAUAUGCUCCUAUGCCACUUGCACUGAUGAGUUCAGGGGGGAUAACUCAUGUGUCAUCACCCUAUGGUACAGUCCACUUCGACAAGCUUUGCCGGCAGCACAAGAUUCUUCAUAAAUCUUAUGUAAUUGCUAUUUGUUUUCUGGGAUAAUUUUAUUUGAAUUGGCUGAUCCGUCAGUGCAAUUGGCAUGGAUAAUUAUGUGGAUUUUAGUGGAGCUUUAACUUGUAGACUAUUGGCCUAUCCUACUAGCAACGCAACAAGGCAGAUCACGAGUACACAACGCAAAGAAACAAUGGCACACCUUAUUUUCAGAGGAUUUAUGUAUAGUGAGCAAUACCUCAUAUGUAUAUAUAACCAUUUGUACAUUGUAAAUUAUGACAGCUUUUAUUUUCAAUUAUGUGAUAUAUUUCAUUUUUACAUAAGACUGUUUCUUUACUAUUAAAGUUGUUCAUUGUUCCUUUGUCCAUGCCAAAUGUAUGUCAGGAGUUGUUUCCCUUGACAGUUUGUUACUGGUAGUUAUCCCCCUUGGUAGGUUUUCAUAUUUGAAUAGGGUUUUGUUUAUAACUGUAUUUAUAUGAAUAUCCCACAUUCUGUCAACUUGUUUUAAAGUUUAUGGAUUUCCUAGUCAAAAUAAUUUUGCCAAAUUAGUUUUAGUUGCUGUAAAAUGAAGUCGGAACUCUUAGGGUAUUGUAUUCACCAGUGUUCUUCAUGUUUCAAAUGUAUUCUGGGUGGCUCAGCCGUCUCAGGAACCACAACUUGAUUACACUGGGAUUUCCUGCUAUGUUAGGCUGACAUGUCGUGGUAUAACUGAAAUACUGUUCUAACUGGUGUUAAACCCAACUCACUCACUCACUCACUCAAAUGUAUUCCCACCAUUACAAAUUCAAUUGUAAAUUUCAUUGUAAAAAUACACAAUCUAAUUAUCAGCACCUAGUAUUAAAAUCAUUCAUCAUCUCAUGACAUUUUCUGGCACAAGUUUUUUGACAUACACAUUUAAUUAACUUGUCCAAGAAUGGAAAAGUGCAAUAAUAUUAUUUAUUGGUUGACAUUUCCUUAAAUAUCACCUCAGCAAUAUUUACAUUUAUAAACAUGUAUUUAUAUAAUAAAGUGACUUUAUUGUUCUUGUUAAAUUAUAUAAUGUAUAAGAUAGUAGCCCUGUUAUUAAAUUUUCAUGGUGGCAGAUAUUUAUAUACUGUGACUUUGUGUCUAAACUGGCAUCUCCAUGAUGAAUGUGUGAAUGAACCUCAGAUGCGAUGAAAUACACUCUUCAUGAACUGGAAUUAAACUGUUUACCUUUAUACGAUCAUAUUCCCUCAGCCUGCACUCUUUUCAAAUCGGUAAUGGUGCCAGUUUGGACAGAAAACAAUCUCAAUAAAAUCAGACCGCAAAACAAAGAUCUUAGGACAUCCCAUUAGGGAUCACGUCAGAACGACCUUUCAUCCGACCAAUCAGAGUAUCGCUUACCAGAUUAUGAAUGUGACAGUUGGAA